AUGGAUGUAUGGUCAUCUGCAAAAAGAAGAUACCGUUGCAGGCACAUAAGCAGGAACUACAAGAAGCAAUUCUCUGGCCCUUUAAUGUACAUUCUCUUUUGGAGGCCUUGUAAUGCAACCUCACAGUUUACAUUCAGAAAAGCUAUGGAAAGGCUCAAAGAAGCCGGAGGUGAUAGAGUUAUGGCCUGGUUUGCAGAAUUGGGAGAUCCAUCAACUUGGAGCAAGCACAGAUUUGAUCCAAAUGUGUGUAAUGACUCCAACACCUCAAAUUUUGUAGAGAGCUUCAAUUCUACUCUUGGAAUUGAUAGGUGCAGGCCAGUACUAACCCUACUUGAAGGUAUUAGAAGAGUGUGCAUGGUUCAAAUUUCAACAAGGUAUCAACAUGCAUUAGGAUGGAAAGAUGAUGAGCUCUGUCCCAAGAUAAUUAAGGCACUGAAGGUUAUCAGCAAAGACACCAUCAGCUGCAAGGCCUAUAUGUCAAAGCCCGGAGAGUAUGAAAUUCAUGGUGGAAAAUCCCAUUUUCCCUUAUCUCUCAAUAAUAAGAUAUGCUCAUUUGGUGCUUGGCAGAUUUCAGGUAUACCUUGCAGGCAUGCCAUAAGAGCUAUGGUGCAUUUAAAAAUUGACCCUCACACUGUGGUUUCAGCCUUGUAUUUUGUGAGGACAUACAAACAGUCCUAUAGCUUCCACAUUAACCCUAUACCAGACAAGGAGCAGUGGCCUGCAUAUGCUGAUUUGCCUACCAUCAUGCCACCAACACUAAAGAGGGGAGUAGGAAGACCUUCUAGAAACAGAAGAAGGGAAGAAGGAGAAGACAAAGAGGGCAAAAGAACUCAGACUGUGAAAUGCAAAAAAUGUGGAUGUCUUGGCCACAAUUCAAGAACUUGCAAGGGAGGUCUGACUGAGAAGGAAAAGAGAGCUGCAGGAGGUGAGCCAGUGCUGGUUAGGCAUCCCAGAGUUAGGGAUUAA